CGACCGCUGAAGUAGUUGAUUCGUGACGUAGAGAUCUAGAAGAUGAAUCGCCGAUCCUCCGGUGUUCGAUCAAGAGAGAUCAAGGGCACGGUGAUCCUGUCAGCAGGAGCUCGAGAAGACGAGGGGUCCGCAGGAGAUUCGCUCACAUCACAGCCCCCAGCAGUGUCUUGUCGCAGGCACCUUCCGCGCGUUUCAUGGGCGGGGAAGCGUCGUUCCGAACCCUUUGCGUUGACCGCAUCGGGGACUAAAUUUGGGGAUUUGAGGUGCUGCUCAGCGGUGGAAGCCCGCGCAUUUCUGACCCCUCUCGACCCAGAUUUGUUCUCUCCGACGCGAAGCUCGACGGCUCCACUAUAAAUCUGGGAAAUGGGAGUCACGGGAGCCGGCGAGGACGACGAGGACGAUGGUGGGUCCUUCGAGAGCUCUGUUGCUGGUCAUCGCCAUCGCUUGCUGCCUGAGCUCAUCGGCGAUGAACGUGACCUACGAUGGAAGAGCAAUAAUCAUCGAUGGCCAACGCCGGGUUCUCAUCUCCGGCUCCAUUCAUUAUGCACGGAGCACCGCCGAGAUGUGGCCAGAUCUGAUACAGAAGGCAAAGGAGGGUGGAGUCGAUGCCAUCGACACCUACAUCUUUUGGAACGCUCAUGAACCAAGCCGUGGAGAGUACAAUUUCGAGGGCAACCUGAACUUCAUCAAGUUCAUCAAGAUUGUGCAGGAUGCCGGCCUCUACGUAGUUCUCCGGAUUGGACCAUAUGUUUGUGCUGAGUGGAACUAUGGGGGUUUUCCUGUGUGGUUACAUCAGAUUCCAGGAAUUGAACUGAGGACCAAUAAUGACAUCUUUAAGGCUGAGAUGCAAACUUUCACAACUUUGAUAGUGAGCAUGAUCAAAAAGGAAAAACUAUUAGCUCCAGAAGGUGGACCGGUCAUCAUAACACAGAUCGAAAAUGAGUAUGGCAAUUUCAUAAAAAAGUAUGGAGAUUCUGGGAAAAAGUAUAUCCAGUGGUGUGCUGACAUGGCAAAAUCUCUCAAUGUGAAUGUGCCAUGGAUCAUGUGCCAGCAAGCAGAUGCACCAUCUCCUAUGAUAAAUACUUGCAAUGGCUUCUACUGUCACAAGUUCAAGCCAAAUCGCCCAAGCAUUCCCAAAAUGUGGACAGAAAAUUGGACCGGAUGGUUCAAAGGUUGGGGAGAGAGUCAACCUCAUAGACCUGUUGAAGAUGUGGCUUAUGCAGUGGCAAACUUCUUUGCAUCUGGAGGCACCUUCCAGAAUUAUUAUAUGUAUCAUGGAGGAACCAAUUUUGGUCGGACAUCAGGAGGUCCUUAUCUUACAACAUCAUAUGAUUAUGAUGCUCCUCUAGAUGAAUAUGGGAACAUAAGGCAACCAAAGUGGGGACAUUUGAAGCAAUUACAUAGUGCCAUUAAAAUGAUGGAGAAGAUUCUCACAUACGGUGAAGUCAAUACCACACAGCUGGGAAAUGCAUUGGCGGUAACAAAGUUCUCCAUAAAUGAAACUAGUUCUGGCUGUUUCUUGACCAAUGCUAAUCAAUCAAAUGAUGCCAAUGCAACAUACAAUGGAAACACAUAUCUUGUGCCUUCUAGGUCUAUCAGUAUCCUCCCUGAUUGCGAAAAGGAAGUCUACAACACUGCCAAGGUAACCACACAAACUUCUUUGAUGGUUAACAAACCUGUCAAGUCUACAAAAUUGAGUUGGAAAUGGCACUCUGAAAUCAUGGAGGAUACCCUCAAUGGUAAGGGGUCAUUCUCUAAUGAGUCACUAUUAGAGCAGAUCAUGACUACUGGUGAUGCUAGUGACUACUUGUGGUACAUGACCAGUGUGACACUCAACAAAUCCAGUACAUCUUGGCGCAAGAAGAUGAACCUACGGGUUAAAACAAAAGGCCACAUUCUUCAUGCUUAUGUUAACAACCGCCUAAUAGGAUCAGGUUAUGCUACAAAAGGAUCUUACAAGUUUGACUUUGAGCAGGAGGCCGAAUUGAGGGAUGGACAUAAUUUCAUUACAUUGCUCAGUGCUACUGAUGGUCUGGCGAACUAUGGGGCAUUUUUUGACUUGCAAAAGGCUGGAAUCGAUGGUGGUCCUGUUGAACUUAUUGGAAAUGGAAAGGAAAAAAUUGACUUGACAAAAAACAAAUGGUCAUACAAGAUUGGACUGAAUGGAGAGAUGAGCAAAAUCUACUUGCCAUCAGCAUCCCAUGGCCUCAACUGGAACUCUGAUCGACUUCCUAUUAACAAGUCAAUGACUUGGUAUAAGACAACAUUUGAGGUUCCUGAUGGCAAUGAUAGUCUCGUGUUGGACCUGCAAGGAAUGGGGAAAGGGCAUGCUUGGGUGAACGGGCAGAGCAUUGGGCGCUACUGGCCAAGCUUCCUUGCUGCUGACAGCGGGUGUGAACCUUGUGAUUACCGACAAAAAUAUGACUCGGACAAGUGUAGAACUGAAUGCGGAAUGCCUUCUCAGAGAUGGUACCAUGUCCCUAAAUCCUUCACUACCAAGGGACCCAAUACUCUGAUCUUGUUCGAGGAAGUCGGUGGUGAUCCUUCUCAAGUGAGUCUCCAGACGGUGACCAUUGGAACAGUAUGUGCCAAUGUUGUCGAGGGAAGCAUUCUGGAGCUGUCAUGCCAAGGGAGCAGAAGCUUCAGCAAGAUUCAAUUUGCAAGCUUUGGAAAUCCUGAGGGGUCUUGUGGUUCGUUUAAGAAGGGCUCUUGUGAGGCUCCUGAUGCCUUAGCGGUCGUAAAGAAGGCAUGCAUCGGUCGAUCUAACUGCUCUAUCAAUGUGACUGCAAACGCAUUCGGGCCCAGUGAAUGCAGCGAUCUCAGCAGGAGGCUCGCAGUACAAGCAAUCUGCUGAUGAAACCCCUCUACUCAUAUGAACAGCCUUCUUUGCUUUGCGAGAGGUUACAAGUAAGAAACAGAGCUCGGUGCCAGCUCCUGUUUGUAUACUCUCUUCUCUUCUCUUCAAGUUUUUUCUUUCCAUCGAGUGUUGAAUGUACUGCAAAUGUUACACUCAUGCUCUGUCGGCAUGAAGCCUGAAACUAAUUUUUGUUUAAGCUGUGAAAUGAAGCAUCAACAUGUUUCAGUA